AGCCCCACGCAGCCUCCACAUCCGAUAAAUAAUAGCAUCGUUGAGUUUGGUGUAUAAGAGAGCGAAUAGACCAUUUGAAAAGAGCAAGACAAUCAUUAUUUAUUGACCUGUGAGCUCAUUUUCUGGAAUAUUUGGUUGAAGUAUCGUUACUCAUUCUCUAUGGAUAUAAAAUAGGGACAAAUCAGCUUUAUAUUCGUUCAUUUACCCUUUUUAUCUGGGCGGCCAGUAAAAGCAUCCUGCGUUAAUUCUCAAAAUGGCUGAGAUUACAGAUUUACGACCUGCAUAUGACAUGUCACCGGUGCUGGCCGGUUUUAUCGGUGCGGCGGCUCUGGUGGUUGCCGUGGUGAUCCUGGUUCUCCUGUGGUCCUUCUGCCAGCGUCGACACCUCCGGGUGACGGGCCGAUACAAGCUCCAUGGUGAUCAGUACUGUGACUCUGCUGAAGACCCGCCCUACAAGUUCAUCCACAUGCUGAAGGGCAUCAGUAUCUACCCAGAGUCCCUCAGCAGCAGCAAGAGGAUAGUACGGGUGGCCAGGCGUGCUGGGUGGCAGGGGGAGAGAGACAGAGAGAGGGGUGGCGGCCGCGGGAUGGUCCUGGUGGAUGCGGAGAACAACAUCCUGGACGCGCCUACCCAUCUCCAGAUGAGCCACCUGGUUCCCCCUGCUGGCCAGCCCAGGAUGGAGCGGGCACUGCCCGUCAGAGCCGACUACUGCUGCCUGGAUAGCUCAGCUACCAGUAGCGAGAACAGCAGCAAGACUGUUUCACCUUUCACCCCCGCGUCCUCCGACCCAGAAUCAGAGCCUGAAACCAGCCUGGGCUCCCUCAGCCUGGCUUUAGACUACAACUUCCCUAAGAAGGCCUUGGUGGUGACCAUCGUUGGAGCCCAUGGCCUGCCUGCAGUAGACGAACAAGGGAACAGCUCUGACCCUUACGUGAAGAUGACCAUACUCCCUGAGAAGAAGCACCGGGUGAAGACCAGGGUCCUGAGGAAGACGCUGGAGCCGGUGUUUGACGAGACGUUCACGUUCUACGGGGUGGCCUACAGCUCGCUGCCCGAGCUCACGCUGCACUUCCUGGUGCUCAGCUUUGACCGCUUUGCCCGUGAUGAUGUCAUAGGGGAGGUGGUGGUCCCACUGACAGAGUUGGAACCCAGCACGGGGCGGGUGCACAUCACCCAGCAAAUCAGCAAGAGGAACAUGCAGUGUGAGAGCCGUGGGGAGCUGUUGGUGUCUCUGUCCUACCAGCCUGUCUCCCACCGCCUCAGUGUGGUGGUGCUGAAGGCCAAACACCUGCCCAAGAUGGACAUCUCUGGCCUGUCUGGAAACCCAUAUGUGAAAGUCAAUGUGUUCUACGGACGCAAGCGCAUCGCCAAGAAAAAGACGCACGUGAAGAGGUGCACGUUAAACCCCGUCUUCAACGAGUCCUUCAUCUACGAUGUGCCCCCCGAGCUGCUCCCAGAGAUCUCUGUGGAGUUUGUGGUGGUCGACUUUGACCGUACCACUAAGAACGAGGUGGUGGGGUGUCUGCCCCUCGGCCUGCACAGCCCCUGUCCCUCUGGCGCCACCCACUGGCGGGAGGUCUGUGAAAACCCCCGUCGGCAGAUCUCAAAGUGGCACAACCUCAGUGAAUAUUAGCUCCUCCCACCGCCUAAUGCAUUAUAGUUCUACUUGUGUAUAUAGGGGGAGGUGGAGGAGGGGAAGAGAGGGACUUCUUGCCGAAAGAGUGGCUUUUCCUCAUGCCAUACUUUCUCUUGUGAAUAAUACCAACAGAAAAUGAACAACAUUCCUGGUGGGACUUGUACAGUGGACUUUACAGUGGUUAAGGUUCAACUACAGGAUCGAAUCAAAGUAACAAACAUGCAUACAGAUAAACAUACACAUAUAUAACCCACACCACUACAGAAUUAUAGAGACACUCAGUCUCAGCAUUAGGUUAAGAGUAAUGAAAAUGAAAAAGUUGUUUGUUAACCAGAAUGUGACUAUGAUCACACAUUCAAGGCUGUUAUGAAUUAUUGUCUGGCCAUGUUGUAUGAAGUUUAGGCGACGGGAGGAUACAUGCAAAUGCUAAAAAAAAACGAAUUGUCAGACUUCAAAAUCCUCCCCUUGCCAGUAUUGUACUUCAAUUCAUCGCAUGUCUGAAUUAAACAGAAAUAUCAUCAAAUCAAAUGUACUAAGGAAACAGAAGUAUUGCUUGUAUUGAUAGUGAUACUUUAAUUAUCUCUUAAACUGAGAAAACCUCAUGCAACCCUACUCUCUGUUGCAGUUUCUCUACAGGUAGGACCAAAUAGGACAGCUAGAAUUUUCUUCCCAAUAAAUAUUUGUUGAAAAAAGUCUUGAAUGUUUUGGAGCCUAACUAUUGUCGUUUAGUGGCAUUACCAUAUUUCAUGUCGAGCUCUGUAUCUAAAAUUAAAACCAUCAAGGUUUCAAACCAAUUAAUGCUAUGUUGUAAAGACAAAUGUGAUUUCAGCGCAAAAAUAUUUAUUUUGAGUCCAUUUUUAGAACUAAUUCGGACUGAAAAUAUGAAUGUAAUAAAACAACCACAACAUUAUUACAUGGAUACAUGUCAUCACAAAAAAUAUGACAACUGUGGCAUUGAAAAAGCAUUCACCACAGUAUAAGCGAAUACCUGAAAUAUCACUGCAGCAGGUUAGUCUUAGUACUGUAAUAACCAGGUAAUAACACAUGCUAGUUAGCAGCUUGUAGUGCCAGAAGAUGUUCUUUGAAAGUCACUGAUAUUAUUGUGAAAAAUGGUUUUGACAUGAAGAGUUGUAAAGGGUCAUGUUUUGCUGUAUGGUUUCCAAAAUGCUUACACAGUAUGUUCCACUAUUUUGGCUAAUGCCGACAUGCUCAUCUUUUACGGCUCGAUUCAAUCCGAAUCACCAGUUCUGCACUCUAGAACGCUUGAAAUGGAAACAUAAUUGUCUAUUGAGCUGACAUAUGCAGCGUUUACCGUGAAUUCAGUCUUCUCGAACUUGGAACAUUGCCUUCACAUUUUAAUAGCGAUGAUCUUGAGAGAUACGGAUUGAAUCGAGCCCUUCAUUAUUUUUGUUCUCUUUCAUUUGGCUAAUUUCAAGAAUAUAUUGUAUAAAAGAACGGUACUUUAUAUCUUGAAGGCAACAAUUUUGUAUAGUGAAUAGCCUCACAGGUUGAAGCUCCUGUAUGUUGUUGGUGAUACUCUGCGUGUGUGUGUGUGUGGAGACUGCAGAGCCCAGGUGCACUGUUUGGAACAAUGUAAGUGGUGAUGGGGUUCAGAGCAGGACAUGGCAGUGGGGUGGCUACUGCUAGCUUCUGGCUACCCCUCGUCCUUCUGGCUUUGACCAGAAGGAAGAGACACAGGUGGGCAAAACCCCACUCCUCCACUGUCACUAAUUAAGCUCCAUCCUCUCUUCCUCCUCUUUUUCUCUCGCUCUCUCACUCUCUUUCACCCUCCUUUGCUUCUUUCUUUCUAGCUCUCUCUUUACAGUCCCUUAUUUCCUCAAUCUCCUUCGUUCUCCCAUGUCUCCUCUUUCUAACUCUUUCUUUACAGUCCCUUAUUUCCUCAAUCUCCUUCGUUCUCCCCUGUCUCCUCUUUUUAACUCUUUCUUUACAGUCCCUUACUUCCUCAAUCUCCUUCGUUCUCCCCUGUCUCCUCUUUCUAACUCUUUCUUUACAGUCCCUUAUUUCCUCAAUCUCCUUCGUUCUCCCCUGUCUCCUCUUUCUAACUCUUUCUUUACAGUCCCUUAUUUCCUCAAUCUCUUUCGUUCUCCCGUCUCCUCUUUCUAACUCUUUCUUUACAGUCCCUUAUUUCUUUGUCAUUUUAUUUGGAUCACUAAUAUCUCAAAUUCCUUUUAAUGCUUCAUUCCUCAUAAUGAGAGAUGUCACAGUAUUUGACCGAUUAGUGAACCCAUCAUAACACCUAUCACACCCUGUGAGGAUUUGGCUGUAUGACUGUUAUGCUCUGUCAUCAUUGUACCCUGUAGGCAAGGGGUGUUAAACUCAUUCCAUGGAGGGCCUAGAGUGUCUGCAGGUUUUUGUUUUUCCCUAGACAACAAGUUGUGGGGAGUUCCUUACUAAUUAGUGACCAUAAUUCAUAGUCAUAAUUCAAUGAAGUACAAGGGAGGAGCGAAAACCCACAGACACUCAGCCCUCCGUGGAAUGAGUUUGACACCUGUGCUGUAGGCCUACUCAGUGGAGACAUGGGGAGCUGUAAGCAGCAAUGGCUUUACAUCACACUGUGUAACAUUUACUGCAGUGCAGUCUGUACAAUUGACUGUGGGAAACUCUGGGAGGAUAGUAAAUCACAGUGAAGCCAAGGUGAAAAUACUUAAGUAAGACUGCAGCUCUGUGUCGACAAGGCAAGGGGAAGGCAGAAAUGUGUGUUGCAAUACACAUGAGCUGCCUUGUUUUUCUUUUGGCAGCAAACUCCUGCAAUUAGAACCCCCACCAUUUUGAAUGUCUAUAUCCCCAUUUAUACCUGGUGCUAAGGUGGGUCCUUUGUCCUGAUGUAGUCUACAUUCUGAUUGUGCCCACAUUUCCAGAAGUGUGUCUACACAUUUCUAUUACAAUUAGUCUUUUAUCUGUCCACUGUGUCUGCAUUCCUGGUCCCUUUAUGCAAAUAAUUUCACAGCUAUAAUAUUUAUAUAUAUAUUGACUGUAAGACACAUAUUGAUGUAAUCAGCCACCUGUCACUGAUUUUAGAGGCCGGAAUAAUGAUGAUUUAAAUGGUUUCUCUGUCCAGAUCUGUCUACACUUGUAAGAUGUCCAGACACAAUAAGAUCACAGUCAGAUCACAAUGUGUCUUUUGAUUGUUAACACCUGUCUAAAAUGUGGGCACAAUCAGAAUGUGGACAAGAUCAGGACAAAGGACGCAAGUUAGAACAAGGUAUAAAUGGGGCUUACUUCACCUCGUCUCCCCAACUUUGACCUUCAGUGUAGCUAUUUCCUUUGUUGAUAUAUCCUUAUUAACUAAUUUGGAAUAAAAUAUGAAACGUAAUGAAAACAAACUGUAAUAAUGACUGAUCGUGGACUGGUACAAAUUAUUAUUUCAAGGUAUCCUCUGUCCAUAAACAUGGAGUUAAACUACAGUAUGUAAAGAAAUACUUGCCAGUAAUGCGAACGGUGUCUAAAACUUUCAUUUUCCUAUAUGCUGAGUAUAUUACGCAGAUGCUAACUUGUGUGUUGGUUUCAUUGACAGUCAUUCAACGUGCAAAUAAAAUGUUAUACUCCA